UUGGUUCGCCGGAGAGACAGGGAGGAGGUGAGCGGACUGGGAGAGCUUUUUGUGGCUGCAGACGGAGUUUCAUCUCCAGUCUGUUCCCAGCAGAAGCUCCGCAGGAAACAGGACAAAGAGGGAGUUUCAAUUUUUAUUCUUUUUUUUCUUUUUUGAUCCGGCUUUUACUCUUCAUUUCGGGCGUGCUAAGGGGGAUUUGUUUCAGGUUUCAGGAUCAAACACCGGGAGUACAUCACGCAGCUGUGGAUGUGAAUCAGCUGAGGUUGCAGGGCACCAGGGGAGCCGUGCUCUGCACCAUCAAUAACACCCACUUCCACGCAGCGAGAGGGAAUCCUUCCUUAGAUGCUUCCCCGCGGCAGACGCUGAGGAGUGGAGGGAUUUUAUGGAAGAUUUGUUGGAUUUUCUUUGUUUUAUUAAUCGCCCUGUCGUUGCAAACUUGAGAGUCCGGGAUGGGGAAGGAGCAGGAGCUGCUGGAAGCCGCCCGCACUGGGAAUGUCGCCUUGGUGGAGAAAUUGUUGAGUGGGAAAAAGGGAAUACUGGGGUCAGGAUCCGGCUCCAUCCCUAUCCCCAACCUCUUGAGCAUGUGGAAGGGCGUCAACGUGAACUGCACAGACAGCUCAGGAUACACACCUUUACAUCACGCUUCGCUCAACGGACACAGGGAAGUGGUGCUGAAGCUGCUGCAGUCCGAGGCGUCGCCAAACCUGGCUGACAGUAAAGGCUGCUUCCCGCUGCACCUGGCCGCCUGGCGGGGUGACGUGGACAUCGUCCGCAUCCUCAUCCACCACGGCCCGUCACACGGCCGGGUCAACCAGCAGAACCAUGAGAGGGAGACGCCGCUCCACUGCGCGGCCCAGUACGGACACACCGACGUGGUUUCAGUUCUUCUUCAGGAGCUGACCGACCCGACGAUGAGAAACAACCGGCAGGAAACUCCUCUGGACCUGGCUGCACUUUAUGGACGCCUGCAGGUGGUCCGCAUGCUGGUGAGCGCUCACCCAAACCUGAUGACGAGUCACACCCGCCUCCACACGCCGCUUCACCUGGCGGCACGAAACGGACACCACAGCACCGUCCAGACCCUGCUGGAGGCCGGCAUGGACGUCAACUGUGUAACGGAGAAUGGGAGUGCCCUUCAUGAAGCUGCCCUUUUUGGAAAGAUGGAUGUGGUUCGUCUUUUGCUUGACUCAGGGAUAGAUGCCGAUUUGAGAGACAGUCAGGGGAGAACAGCGCUGGAGAUUCUCAGAGAUCACCCAGCACCUAAAUCUCAGCAGAUAACCGCUCUUAUUCAAGAGUACAUGAUGGACGACAUGGAGAGACAGAGUAUUUUGGAAGAGCCGGUCCGGAAGUGUCCCGUGCCCGCACCUCGGACCUCGAUCUCCUCGCCUGCUGCCUCGCCGUCCCUCCGACAUAAGAAUGACGCCGUGACGAGCGAACUGUCGAAACUGCUUCAUGACAUCAAGAAGUGCCGGGACCGGGACUACUCCUUCGAGGAGCUCUGCCACACCAUCUCGUCCCACUCCAUGGACAGCUUCGGCAGCGGGCGGCUGUCUGACGAGGAGCGCCCCGACAGACCGAACGGCACCUUGACUCGAGUCAGCAAGCGUCCCACCCCGCCUCUCGCUGCAGCAGCGGAGGAAGACGAGGCAGAGAAGACGUGCAGCCCCACUGGAUUCUGGGAAGCUCUCACCCCUUGCAACGGCUGCCGCAACCUCGGCUUUUCCAGCGUCUCUCAGGAUUUUAAGCAUUCUGCUGAGCUGGUCACCUCUCCGUCGCUGGACGUUUUCCUGCCUGAAGACGAGGACAACCCGUACGAGUCCGUGACCACCGCCGUCACACGCAAACCCUGCUCCCUCGAAAUCAACCACCGGCUCAACGUCUGCUCCCGUAACAGUCACUCGUCCCAUGCAGCCGUGAGCGAGGAGGAGCACGGUAACCAUGACAACUGCUCAACGGGCCCCACACCGGACUGCUCACCCCCUUCCCCUGACACGGCCCUGAAGAACAUCGAUAGAGUCAUCCGCCCACAGCCCAAGCAGCGCACGUCCCUGUCUUCCUCUCUGGAUGUCCAGAGGCCAGUCAACCACAGCUGCGAACCCAGUGAGGUGAGCUCGUCUCUGGGCUACGCCAGCUUCAGCACCAGCCCUCCUGCCAGCCCCCCCCUCAGUCCCAACCAGGAGGACUCUGCAGGCUCCAACGACGACUGUCAGCUCACAGACGACGGGACCUACCAGCGAGACCCGCCCCAUCUAUGCUCUUCCUCCAGUUCAAGUCGUCUCGUUGGGGAAAACAGAAAAAGUCUCGUCCCAGAGGAGUUCGCAGGCCUCCUUCAUGGAUCCUCUCCGGCUUGUGAGCCACCGGAUACGCCUUAUCACCUUUAUAGCCCCAAGCACUUUAAAUACGCUUCUUCAGAGGUGCAAGGGAGCGUGCUGCAGACUCCCGAGUUCAGCAUUGUGAUCGGCGGCGGAGCCUCUCAGGGUUUCUCUAGAACUGAGAACAAAUCGUCUCCCCAGAGGUCCCAGAAGCCGCAGGUCGUUUACCGAACCAUCUUCCACACCCGGGUCAAUCAGGACCAGCUUCAGCCCAAGAACUGUGAACAGGCGGGCCUACCUGGUGGAUGGUCGACACUAAACCACCCGUCCUCUUGUUCCCUGGGACAAAACGGAGACGUAGCAGAGCUUCAGGGGAAGCAGGUGGGGGGCGAGGUCAGGGACGGCUACGAAGAGAGAGCCUGCACUCUGGGGAGGAUGAGGUCCGUCCCACGCAGCGUGUUGGACCUGCAGCUCUCCAAGUCUCUGUCCAAGUCCGAUUCCAACCUGAUGGCUGUGUCACCCAUUCAGGAGGAACACAGCUGGGGGUCUGGGUCCCGGGGCCAGUGGCCAGGAACGCCCGGCUCGAGAGAGGGAGCCAGCCCGGAGAAACGACUGGAGCGGACCCCGUCCUUCACCGCCGAGUGGGAGGAGAUUGAUAAGAUUAUGAGCUCCAUCGGCGCGGGGAUCGGCAGCGGAUUGGACGUCAAGGAGGUUACCUCAGGUCCCCGCUGCCCGCUGCAGUCUGUCGGACAGUGGCUGGACUCCAUCGGUCUGGUCCAGUACGAGAACCACCUGCUGGCCAACGGAUUCGACAACGUCCAGUUUUUGGGAAGCAAUGUGGUGGAGGACCAAGACCUGCUGGAAAUAGGGAUCCUGAACUCUGCCCACAGACAGCGCCUCCUGCAGGCCAUUCGGCUGCUUCCCAGGGUGCGACCGGUGGGCUACGAUGGUAACAACCCCACGUCAGUGGCCGAGUGGCUGGAAUCUCUGGAGCUCGGCGACUACACAAAGUCUUUCCUCGUCAACGGCUACACGUCCAUGGAGCUGGUCAAAAAGAUCUGGGAGAUUGAGCUGAUCAAUGUGUUGAAGAUCAACCUUAUUGGGCACAGAAAGCGGAUCCUGGCAUCACUGGGGGACCGGCUACACGACGACACGCCGCAGAAACCUCCGCGGGCCAUUUCCUUACGGGAGCCUGGAGGAAACCACACUCCUCCCCAGCUCAGCCCCUCGGUAGGCCAGGCAGCGUAUGCGGCGGGGGUCCCCGGUGGAUCUCUGGACGUGCAGCACCUCAUUAUGCAGGCGGACGCGCGGCGCAGGCAGCGCAGCACCGAGAACUACUUUGACGACGUGCCGCGAUCCAAGCUGGAGCGACAGAUGGCUCAAGUCAGCAUGGCUGGCGAAUGGUGCGAGCCGAUCACAUUGCGUCCGCCCAACGAGGCGACAUCCUCCACUCCUGUUCAGUACUGGCAGCAUCAUCCAGAGAAGCUCAUCUUUCAGUCCUGUGACUACGAAGCUUACUACCUGGGCUCCAUGUUGGUGAAGGAGCUGAGAGGGACAGAGUCCACACAAGAUGCCUGCGCUAAAAUGAGGAAGUCGACAGAACAGAUGAAGAAAGUGCCGACCAUCGUCCUCUCCGUGUCCUACAAGGGAGUGAAGUUCAUCGACGCCACCAAUAAGAACAUCAUAGCGGAGCACGAGAUCCGCAACAUCUCGUGUGCAGCUCAGGAUCCAGAAGACCUGUCUACGUUUGCCUACAUCACCAAAGACCUCAAAUCCAGUCACCACUACUGCCAUGUCUUCACUGCUUUCGACGUGAAUCUGGCCUAUGAGAUCAUCCUGACGCUUGGCCAGGCCUUUGAGGUGGCCUAUCAGCUCGCUCUGCAAGCCAGGAAGAGCGGCCACGGCUCGGCGACGCUCCCCGAAAGCUUCGACAGCAAACCCGGCAAGCCCGUGCCCAAGCCCCGCGUCAACAUCCGCAAAUCAGUUAUCAUGUCUCCCUCCAGCCGCUGGUCGCUGGGCCACAUUUACACCCCCCACCGGCCUCCUCUUCACCCUCCUCUUCCUCCCCCUCGACUCUUCCAUCUUCCUUACAAAGCUCACUUCCAGAUGGAGCAGCCGUCAAUGGACCCAAAGGGCCAUGCUAACGUGCCGUGGAUUGUGGAGCCCGGACAGGAAGCAAAGAGAGGAGUCAACACCAAGGCAAUGGCGGACGCUCAUGUCUAUUACUGUGGAAUGCAAAGAAUGUAGCCAGCCCUAUUCAUGGACCUUGUCACACUUACAAUGCAAAAUGGACUGCAAACGGACCCUCAUGCUCACUUUUUAAAAACAAACAUGGACGCUGCUCCUCAAUGUUUUGAGGUUGACUACGAAAUGUUCCCACCCAUCCACACACACUAACAGGACAGCGUUGCGAUAAGACGACCCGUCUGCUCUGAAUGUACACUUACUUGAAAGCAGCCUCAAAUAUCUGCGCCUCUAGCGGGAUCGGUUUUAUGCAGCCCACCUGGGAGGCAUGAUGCUUGAACUCUGGAAACGGAAACAGGACAUCGGUGGGCAUGUUUAACACUUUGGCAUGGGUUUCAGGAUAUCUGGCUGGCUAAUUUCUUUUUUAUUUUCUUUAAAUGUCAGAAUAAUAAUUAAAAAAAACAUAUACACAACUGUGUAAAUGUGAUUGGAUUUGCUGCAACAACACGCUAAAGAUGCAACAGAUUUGUCAUGAGAAGCCGAUGUGAACAAAACAGCAUCUAGCGUUAAAAAAAAAUAAACGUAUUUGUAUUGCCCGACAUUUUAAUGUUUAUUAUGAGAGUAUUAUAUUACCAUGAUGAUAAUCCUUGUGCAAUUCUUGUCUACUGUUGUCUUAAUGUUACAUUAUUUUUCUAUGAUAUGCUGAGAUGAAAACUUUGAGCCUGAGAAUGAUGGCAAUCCUUUAAAAAAAAGAAAUCAAAUCUGAGUUUAGAUGUUCAUACUUGUACAGAGAGUGAAUGUUGCAGGUUGCUUGCUAAUUCCUAGGUCAGGUCAACCUCCAUUUCUCAUGGGGCUCUACUCUUACCUUGCAGAUGUACUAUUUUAAACGCAGUAUUACUGUAUUAUUUGGAUGAAACAUUAUCCAACUAUAAAAUGUACAUAGAUAUUUUGCCAACUCAUUGUUAAUACAUGAAAUGUAAAGAGAAAAGAAUAAAGACUUUGCAGUACAUGGCACUGGAAUCAAGGUACCAAAAUAAAGGUUUGACAUGUCAAAAAGUGGUAGAUUGUAGAGGUUGUAUUUUGAGUGAAAAUAUGGAUCAUAUGGUGACAUCAUUGCUGAUUUACUAAUAUAUAGAUAGAUAUAUAUAUAUAGGCUUGGGCUUCCAGCACACUGAUUUUUGUAAUUUGGGCCAUUAUUUAUAUCCUUGUAAAGCACAUGAAAUAAAAUCUGACUUGUACAACCAUA